UUCCCAGUCUCUAAAACUGUGAGUGUGUUGUUAAAGUAACGCGAGUGCAUCGGAUAUGCUACUUGCUCAAAGCGGGUAUUCUUUAAUAAUAUAAAAUCGUAAAAUUACAAAAUAUAGUGAAAAAAAAAAUUUUUUUUUUCUUUUCUUAAAUAAAAAAAAAAAAUAGUUUAAAAAUUUUUUUUUUUUUUUUGAUGUUAUCCCUUUUUCAAAAUAAUAGUUUUCGUGUUUCUUAGGACGAGAUGGUGUUACAGCUAAAACUUUUAUUGAGAAUAAAUAACGUAAGAGCAAGAACUCUAAGUAGUGAAGCAAUUAGUUCAAUUAGAGUUGUUAACGAUGUUCAAGAAGUGUCUCACAUAAGGCCUUAUGAAGAAAUUCCCGGUCCAAAACCAAUUCCAAUUUUGGGUAAUACUUGGCGAAUGUUUCCUGUUAUUGGCCAGUACACAAUUUCUGACACUGCUCGAAUAACUCAAAUUUUUUAUCAAGAAUAUGGUAAAAUUGUGAGGCUAACUGGUUUAAUUGGACGACCGGACCUUCUGUUCGUUUAUGAUGCAGAUGAAAUUGAAAAAAUUUAUCGACAAGAAGGUCCAACGCCAUUUCGACCUUCAAUGCCAUGCUUGGUGAAAUAUAAGGGGAAAGUGAGAAAAGAAUUUUUCGGCGAAUUGCCCGGUGUCGUUGGUGUUCAUGGCGAGCCAUGGAGGGAAUUUCGAUCGAGAGUUCAAAAACCAAUUCUUCAACCACAAACUGUUAAAAAAUACAUUACGCCAAUUGAAGUGGUAACAAGCGAUUUUAUAGAGAGAAUUGAGGAGAUAAAAGAUGACAAUAAUGAGGUACCAGCAGACUUUGAAAAUGAAAUUCAUAAAUGGGCUCUUGAAUGUAUUGGAAGAGUGGCUUUGGAUGUGAGACUUGGAUGUUUAGGUAAAGAUUUAACGCACGAUUCUGAACCACAGAAAAUUAUAAAUGGUGCAAAAUUUGCUCUUAGAAAUGUCGCUACUUUGGAAUUAAAAGCUCCCUAUUGGCGAUAUAUUCCCACACCUCUUUGGACACGUUAUGUUCGAAAUAUGGAUUAUUUUGUCGAAGUUUGUAUGAAAUAUAUUGACGCUGCAAUGGAAAGAUUAAAGAAAAAAAAAUCUGUAAAUGAAUCAGAAUUGUCUCUAGUUGAGAGAAUUCUUGCUAAAGAAUCAAAUCCAAAAAUUGCCUAUGUACUGGCUCUAGAUUUAAUUUUAGUUGGAAUCGAUACGAUUUCUAUGGCUGUUUGCUCUAUUCUUUAUCAACUUGCAACAAGGCAAGAAGAACAAGAGAAAAUUUAUCAAGAAUUAGUGAAAAUAUUGCCCGAUCCAUCGACGCCACUUACAGCGAAACAUUUGGAUCAAAUUGUUUAUAUGAAAGCAUUUAUUCGAGAAGUAUUCAGAAUGUACUCAACAGUAAUUGGUAAUGGAAGAACAAUGCAACAAGACACUAUUAUCUGUGGAUACAAAGUUCCAAAAGGGGUUCAAGUUGUAUUUCCGACUCUUGUGACAGGAAAUAUGGACGAGUACGUUGAUGAUGCAAAGUCUUUUAAGCCAUCGAGGUGGCUUAAAGAGGAAUCUCAUAAAAAAUUACAUUCGUUCGCGUCACUUCCUUACGGUCAUGGAGCUCGAAUGUGUUUAGGUCGAAGAUUUGCUGACCUCGAAAUACAAGUUCUCCUCGCCAAGCUGAUACGCUCCUAUAAAUUGGAAUACAAUCAUGAACCAUUGAAGUACAAAGUAACAUUUAUGUAUGCGCCGGAUGGAGAUCUCAAAUUCAAUGUAAUAAAAAGAUAAUAAUUGUCUUAAAAUUAUUUUCAAUGAAAACAAAAAAACUUACGAGCCCAGUGUAAUAUUAUGGUUUUUAAUAUUUAAUAAAUGAAUUAUUUAGUUAAUUAUACAAUGAUGCUGUAAAUCAAUAAUAAUAAUAAUUGUCAAUAAGUAUACGAAAAUUAAUUUAAUUAUGAAAAAUAAUCAUUCAAAAAUUUUCAUCAAAAUAAUUUUAUUUUAUUUAAUUUAAAAAGAAAUUAUUUUCAAUAUAAAAAAAUGUCAAACAAAAAAUAAAUUAAAAUUUAUAUAAUUGUAAACUAUACA